CUGUCCUGCAGGCAGUCUCAUUCCCCAAUCACGUUGUGAUUGCGUUGUGCCGUUGUGUAAUUGAAUGUUUGUUGCUCCGUGCUUGAGCUUUGUGCUACUCAUCUUAUUCACAUUUCUUUUCCGUAAGUCACACACUAACACUACGCUGAGUCGCUGAACCACUAAGAUGGACACGAACUCAGAUCAUUCACUUAAGCGAAAGCAGCUAUCCGUUUUGGAUUUUUUCAAUAAAAAAACUAUUAAACCGAAUAAUGACAUAACUUGUGAGCCUUCUCAAUCUCAGUCUCCGGACUCUCAGGAGUUAAUUCUGUCUCUUAAUACCACCAGCACCAUCAACACAGAAAAUGAAAAGGAACCGAUUGGUCCGAUUGCCCAACAAUCAGAACCAGAGCAACAUAUGCCGAACGAGUUUCUCGGGAAUGAAAAUGUACCAACUGAUAAUGUAUCUGCAGUUGACUUGAGCAAUUCUAUCGAUAUUGGUUAUUUCAUAAAUUCUGAUUCAGGAAUUGACGAUCACACAAAAUUUGGACUUUUGGAACAUUGCUGGAAACCUUACAAAUCAUUCCAAUAUCCUUUCUCUUGCCAUUCCAAACAAGGAAGAGAUGAAAGACGUUAUUUGAGGCCGAAUCACUUCGAUCAAUAUCCCUGGCUCAUUUAUUCAGAAAGCAAAUCUGGUUUAUUCUGCAAAUAUUGCACUCUUUUCUUAGUCCACAAUAAAGGUGGCAAACAAAAAUCAGAACCAUUGAAAAAAUUGGUGACAACACCUCUUACAAAGUAUGCGAAGUUACUAGGAAAGGAUGGCGAUUUGGAAGUUCACAACAAUAAUUUGUAUCACAGAGAAGCAGUAACAAGAGCUACCGAUUUUAUUAAAACUUACCGAUCACGAGACAAACAAAUUUGCAAUCUAAUUAACAGCGAACGGUUGCGGCAAGUUGAAGAAAAUAGAAAACGUUUAAAGCCUAUUGUAGAAACAAUCAUCUUUAUGGGACGUCAAAACAUAGCUCUAAGAGGGCACAGAGACGAUGGAAAUCUGAUUGCUACUGACUCAAUGUCUUGUGUGAAUGAAGGUAAUUUUCGGGAAAUGUUGAAAUAUAGAAUAAAAUCUGGUGACACAGUAUUAGAAAAUCAUCUUAAAAACACUAGUUCAAGAGCGACCUACAUAUCUCACAAGACUCAAAACGAACUUAUCGACUUAUGCAGUAAGGAAAUACUGGGAUUUAUACUAGAUGAUGUUAAAAAGAGCAAGUACUUUAGUAUCAUUUUUGACGAAACAACCGACAUUUCCCAUAUUUCUCAAAUGAGUCUCACCAUUCGCAACGUUAAUGAGAAUAAUGAGGUGCAUGAAAGAUUUAUUGGCUUUCUUAACUGUCAUGACCAUGUGUACAAUCACGACCAGAACAAACAAAGCAAUGCAGAUCUAGAUAUUCAUCUUCUGAAUGAGAAUCAAAUGAAUCAAAAUGACUUGCCAAAGUCUGAACCGAAAUUGACUGGAGAAAUAUUGGGUAACACCGUCAUAUCGGUAUUACUAGACAUGUCGAUGGAUCUGUCAAAUUGUGUUGGUAUUGGAACAGAUGGAUGUGCUGUCAUGACUUCUUUGGUUCGAGGGGCAGUACAGCAAAUUCAGAAAACUGCUAAAUAUGCCGUACAUACUCCAUGCGCCAAUCAUGCACUGAAUUUGUCAAUUUCCAAAUCAUCAAAUGUCCAGUCAGUGAGGAACAGUGUUGGUAUAGUUCAAGAAAUUUUAACAUUUUUCAACAGUUCAUCUAAAAGAAGUUAUAUUUUAAAAAAUGUUCUUAAGGGCAACAAGAGAACGUUAAGUUCAUUAUGCGAAACGAGAUGGAUUGAACGUCACGACAGCUUUAUUCAAUUUCAAACUUGUUUGCCAGAAAUAAUUGAAGCUCUGACUAGUAUUUCGGAAUGGAAUGAUGCUGUUUCAUCAUCUAAAUCUAAAACUCUGCUUGCAGCAAUAUGUAAUUGCGAAUUUAUUUUAACGUUAUAUACACUUUCUAUGGUGUUAAGUGUCACAUUACCAGCCAGCAGAGCAUUACAAGGAGUGAACCAAGAUGUCGUGACUGCGACAAGAUGCAUAGAAGAACAUAUAAUUGGUGUACUUAAGGACAAACGAAAAAAUUGUGACGUUGGAUUUAAGAACAUUUUUGAAGACUGCAAAACUAUUAUGGAGAAAUUGGAUAUAGACAUAAAGUUGCCACGAAUUACAAAACGUCAGGCAAAUAGAAGCAAUAUUCCUAGUAGCUCCCCUGAAGAAUACUUUCGGCUGACCUUAUAUAUACCGCUUCUUGAAAAUGUAUUGGAAGAUUUGCGUGCUCGGUUCCUUGAUAAAAAAAACAAAACUGUGUGUUUAAUAAUCCAAUUGAUGCCAUGCUACGUAGUCGAUAUAGCUGAAGAUGUCAUAAAUGAAAUCAUUCAAGUAAUAAAGGAGUAUUACAGUGAAUUUAGGGAAUUAGACACUAACAGCAUAACAUUAAGAGGGGAAAUUGAACUGUGGAAAUCCAAAUGGAUAAAAUGUAAAACUGAAGGAUUAGAAGUUCCAAAAAGGGCAUUGCUUGCAUUGGAAGAAUGCCAUUCUUUACUUUUUCCGAAUAUCAGACAAAUUUUGAUAAUUGUUGCGACAUUACCGGUAAGCGUUGCAUCGGCCGAACGCAGUUUUUCCACUCUACGAAGGCUCAAGACGUGGCUUCGCUCACAAAUGGGGCAGAACAGAUUGACUGGUUUGGCUCUGUUACACAUACAUCGAGAUAUACCGGUGUCUACAGACAAUGUCAUCGAUAGAUUUGCCUCAGUACACAAAAGAAAUAUUGACUUCAUUCUGUAAAGCGUCCACCUUUUUAUUUCAGAAUAUAUUUUUAUUCACCUUAUUUAGCGUUUUCGUUUUAGCACUUUCAUUAUCGCUUAUCGUAUUUUUUUUACCCUUCGCCAAUAUUCGAAAAUUAUUGCGACAAAUCAGCAAUAGAUAGUUGUAACAAAAACAGCUCGAAUUAUUCAUUUUUUAUAUUCCGCUCGCAUCUACAAUAAUUGCUGUACCUUUGUCUUUUCG